GGCUCCGCUAAUCUCUUCACCUACUAACAUUCAUUGACCAGUUUCUCUGAUCAAUACACCAAAAGGACCUCCAUUUCCAUGGAUUUCUCCAACCCAGUUACCUUGGCAGCUUUGGUUCUGAUCCUGUCCCUUUUCUCUGUCAAGUUCUUCACAGCAAAACUGAGAGACAAGCGGAGAAAGAACAAGUACCAUCCUGUUGGGGGUACGGUUUUUACCCAACUCCUCAACUUCAAUAGAUUGCAUCAUUAUAUGACUGAUCUUGCAGGGAAGUAUAGAACCUACAGGCUGCUUAGCCCUUUCAGGAAUGAGAUUUAUACCUCGGAACCAGCCAACGUUGAAUAUAUACUCAAAACAAACUUCGAGAAUUAUGGCAAGGGUCAGUAUAAUUACAGCUUGCUAAGGGAUUUAUUAGGUGAUGGAAUUUUUACUGUCGAUGGUGAUAAGUGGCGUCAGCAGAGGAAGAUAUCAAGCUAUGAAUUCUCAACAAAGGUCUUGAGGGAUUUUAGCAGUGUCGUUUUUCGGAAAAAUGUGGCUAAACUUGCAAAUAUAGUGUCCGAGGCAGCAAAUUCAAAUGAGAUAAUGGAUAUUCAAGAUUUGUUUAUGAAAUCGACUUUAGAUUCAAUAUUCAAAGUUGCAUUUGGAGUUGAACUGGACAGCAUGUGUGGAUCAAAUGUAGAAGGCAAGGAGUUUACAACUGCUUUUGAUGAUUCAAGUGCUGCAAUCCUUUUUCGAUAUGUUGAUAUCUUCUGGAAGAUCAAGAAAUUUCUGAAUAUUGGAUCAGAAGCCACGCUAAUAAAAAGUGUAAAAGUGGUUAAUAAUUUUGUGUAUAAGCUGAUCCAUAACAAGAUUGAGCAAAUGCACAACUCAAAAGAUGAUUCUUCAAUAAAAAAGGAAGACAUUUUAUCAAGAUUUCUCCAAGUGAGUGACACUGAUCCAACAUACUUGCGAGAUAUAAUUCUUAACUUCAUAAUUGCUGGCAAAGACACGACUGCAGCUGCUCUGUCAUGGUUUAUAUACAUGCUUUGCGAGCAUCCUGAUGUUCAAGAAAAGAUUGCAAAAGAAGUGAAGGAAGCAACUAACAUGAAGGAGGUUGAAGAUUUUGCUGAAUUUGCCGUUAGCAUGAGCGAAGAAGCUUUAGAAAAAAUGCACUAUCUCCAUGCAGCUAUAACUGAAACUUUAAGGCUCUACCCUGCAGUUCCAGUGGAUGCAAAGAUAUGCUUGUCUGAUGAUACUCUACCAGAUGUUCAGUGUGAGAAAGGGGAUAUGGUUUGUUAUCAACCUUAUGCAAUGGGCAGAAUGAAGUUCAUUUGGGGUGAUGAUGCAGAGGAGUUCAGACCAGAGAGAUGGCUUGAUGAGGAUGGCAUGUUCCGACAAGAAAGCCCUUUCAAGUUCACAGCAUUCCAGGCAGGUCCUCGAAUUUGUCUGGGUAAGGAAUUUGCUUAUAGGCAGAUGAAGAUCUUCUCAUCUGUUCUUAUACGCUGCUUUGUGUUCAAAUUGAGUGAUGAGGAUAGAACUGUCACCUACAGGACGAUGAUCAAUCUUCAUGUAGAUGGGGGCCUUCAUGUUCGUGCAUUUCACAGAAGUCAGAGUUAACUGUCUUUGUUGCUUAUUUGACCA